AAAAGAAUAAUUACAGCUCGCCUUAAUUGAGCCCCUGUGGUGGCCAGGUACACCUCUUGGUUUAAUCCUCCCGGGGACACUGGGAGAGAGGGGGAGGAGCAGCCGUGUUGUUUUAUAGAGGAAGCUGGGGCUCAGAAGUGAAACCGCACGCCCAAGGUCAGCAUGUGUGAGCAGUGAGCGGAUAUCCCCCUUCCUCACCAUGUGUUCCUGACCCCAGGGCCUUCACCUGGACCUGUGCGCACCCAGUGGGGAUAGAGGGCUUCUAGGGCCUCAGCGGUCCCCCUUCACCCAAGGCUGGGCCUCCACUCUGCACUCAGGCCCUUCCAGAGACUGGGGGUGACAGAGCCUGGUCCCAGUGUUGCUUGGCCCUUUUUCCCUCUCUGGGCCUCAGUCCCUGCCCUUCUGAGGCCGCCAGGUCUGGGAGGUGUGGUCAUGGUUAACAGCUCCGGCUGCCUGGGUUCAGAUCUUAUUUCUUCCUCUUACCUGCUGUGUGGCCCCUCGACAAAUGGCUUAACCUCCCUGGGCCUCAUUUUCCUCAUUUCUGAAACAGGGACUGUCUCAAGGAUUAAGCGAACUCAUGGGGUGACACAGGCCCCUCCCAUUUCCUCUGCUCCCCCCCCCCCUUCACUCAGUCAUUCAUUUGCCUGCUGAGCACCUUCUGCGGCCACCACGUUUCAGACAUAUUUGGUCACAGCUCACCAUGAGGCAGGGCCCAUGCGAGUCCAAAUUGUGAGCAAACUGAGGCUCAGGGAGGGAGCCACAGAGCCUGACCCCAGGCUCCACCCCGCCCGAGCCCUCAGGUAGCUCUUUACCUAUCAAGGGCCACUGGAAAGAGCCCUCGAAGGUGCUGGCAUUCCAGGGAGGCCUGGUCAGACUUGGGCUGUCUGGCCCUGCCUUUGCUUGUUUGGGGGAGUCCUGGGCCUUUCUUCUAGGCUCCACCGUCCUGGGGAUGAAGAGGGGGUGUCCAAACCGUUUGAAAGCUAAGUCAGCCGGAUGUUAGCCUGCAGGAGGAAUGGCCGUGGUUUCUGCCUGUCUCCCCGGGACCUGCGGGGGGAGGGGGGGGUGUAUGUGUGUGUCUUCAUGCCUCUCCCGGGCUCUCUUUGUUCAUUCACUCGGGAGCCAUUCACACGGCGCCCGCGAUCCUCUUCAUUCAUUCUCUUCCCCUGACUCACUCUCACCUCCUCGGCUCAGCCCCAGCAUCUCCCCUGGGCUGCCCCAGCCCUCGGUGCUCUGAGUCAUCACUCUGAGGACGGAUCCGGGUCCCCUCCCCCCAGUGUGCACACGCACACACGCACAGGACUGUGAGCCCCGGGAGGGUAGGGCCGGCGGCUGCUGUGUCCUCAGACAGGGCAGGGGCGCGCUGACGUCAGUCAGAUGGGGCCCCUGCCCUCCCGGGGGUUCCUGAGAUGGAUGGUAAGCCAAGAAGCCAACAAAGGAAAGCCCCGCUUUACUGGACGGCAGUCAGCGUCCUGGAGAAUUCUCGCUUCAGGCUGAGUGGCGGGAGGACUCUGAGACUCUGUUUCAGGCGGGUGCAGGAAGACACCCAGCUAGUAAGAGGCAGGGAAUGGCCCAGCCACCUGCCCCGGCCCCUGCCCAGGGCCCUGUGGCUUGCAGGGUGAGUGAGAGCAUUUGGGUGCUGGCCUGGCCGAGUCUCUACCUGCGACUCGCCGUGUGCUCUUUUCAGCUGGCACUUUUCUCUCUGAGCCUCUGUCCCCUCAUUGGGGGGCAGGCCUCAGCACGCUAGUGUCCUGCCUGUCUGCUGGGCAUGUGGGAGAGAUCCGAGGCUGCAGACCGGGGCUUGACCUUGAACCAAACCUCUGUGGCUGUUCUAUAAAGUGAGCACCAGACGGUGCCGAGACCCGAGCCUGGGUCUGCAGCUGCAGACCGGGGUGUGACCUUGAACAAGACCUCUGUGGCUGUUCUAUAAAGUGAGCACCAGAAGGUGCCUGUGCCUGGCGAUGUGAGGAUCCCGGCCUUGGGAUGUAAUGCGCAUGCCCAGCCUGGCUCCGUUCAGAUCAGCUCGACCUUGCCCCUUGGCCACAUGUCACAUCCUGUUACUCCACGCUUAGAACAUCCGUGUCCAGACCCUGCACCUGGCCAGCCCACCUCUCACUGGUCCGGGAACUUGGAUGUUUGUGCCUGUGCACCCCUGGCUCAGGGCACCCAUCUGCUGUUCUGGGAAUGCUCAACUCUGCCCUGGUUCUUUGCCCGUCUGGGUCUCUGCUGCCAAGGACUACGAGAACGCCAUCAAGUUCUACAGCCAGGCCAUCGAGCUGAACCCCAGCAAUGCCAUCUACUAUGGCAACCGCAGCCUGGCCUACCUUCGCACGGAGUGCUAUGGCUACGCGCUGGCGGACGCCACGCGGGCCAUUGAGAUCGACAGGAAGUACAUCAAGGGCUACUACCGCCGGGCGGCCAGCAACAUGGCGCUGGGCAAGUUCCGGGCCGCCCUGCGCGACUACGAGACGGUGGUGAAGGUGAAGCCCCAUGACAAGGACGCCAAAGUGAAGUACCAGGAGUGCAACAAGGUCGUGAAGCAGAAGGCCUUCGAGCGGGCCAUUGCGGGCGACGAGCACAAGCGCUCCGUGGUGGACUCGCUGGACAUUGAGAGCAUGACUAUUGAAGACGAGUACAGUGGGCCCAAGCUGGAGGACGGCAAGGUGACGGUCGCCUUCAUGAAGGAGCUCAUGCAGUGGUACAAGGACCAGAAGAAGCUGCACCGGAAGUGCGCCUACCAGAUUCUGGUCCAGGUCAAAGAGGUCCUCUCCAAGCUGAGCACGCUGGUGGAGACGACGCUUAAAGAGACAGAGAAGAUUACAGUGUGCGGGGACACCCACGGCCAGUUCUAUGACCUCCUCAACAUAUUUGAGCUCAACGGUUUACCCUCAGAGACCAACCCCUAUAUAUUUAAUGGCGAUUUCGUGGACCGCGGCUCUUUCUCUGUAGAAGUAAUCCUCACCCUCUUCGGCUUUAAGCUCUUGUACCCUGAUCACUUUCACCUACUUCGAGGCAACCAUGAGACAGACAACAUGAACCAGAUCUACGGCUUCGAGGGCGAGGUGAAGGCCAAGUACACAGCCCAGAUGUAUGAGCUCUUCAGCGAGGUGUUCGAGUGGCUUCCGCUGGCCCAGUGCAUCAACGGCAAAGUGCUGAUCAUGCACGGGGGCUUGUUCAGCGAGGACGGCGUCACCCUGGACGAUAUCCGGAAGAUCGAGAGGAAUCGGCAGCCCCCAGAUUCAGGUCCCAUGUGCGACCUGCUCUGGUCAGACCCACAGCCGCAGAAUGGGCGCUCGGUCAGCAAGCGGGGCGUGAGCUGCCAGUUUGGGCCUGACGUCACCAAGGCCUUCCUGGAGGAGAACCACCUGGACUACAUCAUCCGCAGCCACGAGGUCAAGGCCGAGGGCUACGAGGUGGCGCACAGUGGCCGCUGCGUCACCGUCUUCUCCGCCCCCAACUACUGCGACCAGAUGGGGAAUAAAGCCUCCUACAUCCACCUCCGGGGCUCCGACCUGCGGCCCCAGUUCCACCAGUUCACAGCAGUGCCUCAUCCCGACGUGAAGCCCAUGGCCUACGCCAGCACGCUGCUGCAGCUGGGGAUGAUGUGAGGCCCCGCCGGCCCGCUCCCCACCGGCCCCAGGCCCAGCCUAGGGCCACGUUGGACCCCCCUUUUACUUUGUAAAGUUUGUAUUUAUUCCCCUUUAGGUUUGCAGAGGGGGCUUGGGGGCUGACCAGAGGGUCUGCUCCCGGGACAAAGAGGAAGGCGGCGGAGAGGCAGGGCUGGGGCACAGUCCGGGCAUUCUGGAGGGAGGCCGGCGGCGGGGCGGGGCGGGGCCCGGGGCUUCCCCGCCCCCUCGUUUGCAUGGCUCCUCCCCCGCUAAAGCAAUAGGGCCCACCACAGGAAGACCCGAAAGAGGGUCAUCAGGGAGGCCUCGACUGCACCCCUCCUGGCAGCCCCAGGGCGGGGCGAGGCUGGGGCUCAUCCCCUUCCCCAGCUAUUUUAUGUCUGUAAUUAAAUAUGUUAAAAUAAAGUCAUUAUUGUAAGUCA